AUGACAGGCGCCGCGUGGAUCGGAUCGACUCGGCAGGAGGACGCGUCAAGCACCUCAGCGCCGUCUGGGGCGCGCCCGUACGGCGCGCCACAAGGAAGGGGGGGAGGUGGAGGAGGGACGUGGAUGAAGAGAGGCAUCCUGAGAUCCGAGUGCUGCACGCCGGGGCCUCAGGGGAGCUCGAAGGCGGCGGGCUGGUCAGACGCCGCCCUCGCGCGUGGUCGCCUGCCCGCGUGCGCUCGCAAGGGCGGAGGGCGGGCGAGCCUACGUUCGCUGGGCGGGCCAGGCCGAGGGUGGGGCGGUGGAGGCGGCCACUUCGCGCCCUCGAAGCCCGUUCUCGUUGGGGGGCCCGGCGGGGCAGCAAUUUUCCUGUACUCCUAG